CCGCAUUCCCCUGCUUGCUUGCUGUCUCCCUCACAAUAUACGAAUGCGCCGCAUUUUUGGUCGGCGUAUAUCUAUCAUAAUGUGAAAGUCGGAUUUCAUAGAAGAUGACGAGUAACAAGGAGAAUCUGGUGGUCGACCGGGGCGAAGGUGGUUUAUCGGCGGAACAGAGGUCUCGUAUUUCUCAAAAUUUCAGAGCUGCCAAGGCGCUCCUUGCUCGCAAGCGACCUCGCCAAACCGAUCCCUUCAAUCUCUCUUCUCCAUAUCCCCGCAAAGCUGGGGUCGGACAGGAAAAUGAGUCUCCUGCUCAGGUGGUGGGUAUUAAAAGACUUCCCCUUUGUGAGAUACCUAUGAACGCGCCAUCCUCUGAAACUAUCAACUUGAGAAUCCGCAAUCAUAAUACUGAUUCAUGCCCCAGGGUUCCAGCUAAGGUUAAUGUUGAUAUUUGCGCAACUGCAGACACCAAGAAUGUAAUUAAUAUAAGUUCGUUAAAAACUCCUAUAGAACAAUCAGAGUGUUGCGUGAAUCUCUCAAGUAGUAAUGAUGUUGAUCUAAAUGCAAGGCAAAGAGAUGUUUUCCUGAAAGAUGGGAUUGGGUCGGAUUCAUUUGUCACUCCUGUGAGGCAAACUAGCUGCUCUAGCUUGAGUGAACCCUUAUCUUUCUCUACUGUUUUAGAUGAUGAUUUUGACGAAUUCAUUCUGGAGGAAAUUGACGCUUUAUGUAACAAGUCAGCAGCAAAAUCUGAAAUAGAGGUGUCAAACAGUAUUCCGUUGGAGAUUCAGCAUGUUAGCAACAGGAGUGGGAAGGAGAACACUUGCAUUAAUCUUGUCCUUUCAGAUAAGAAGUUCAAUACUGAAAGUGCAUUGAACUCCAGUAGCAGCCAGGAAUGUGUAACGGAAGUGUUAAGAAAUUCUGACACACAGGUACAGAGCAUGCCUGAAGAGUAUGCUAAAUAUAUCAUGUCUCUAAAUGAGAGGCAGCGGGAAGCAGCUUGUAGUGACAUUUCAAUUCCUUUGGUGAUUGUUGCUGGACCAGGAAGUGGAAAGACUUCUACAAUGGUUGGGCGCGUUAUCAUGCUGCUGAACCAGGGAAUUUGUCCGUCCCACAUUUUGGCAAUGACAUUUACUACAGCAGCUGCAUCCGAAAUGAGAGAGCGUAUUGGAGCCGUGGCAGGGAAAGCAAAAGCCAAAGAGCUCACAAUCAGCACAUUUCACUCAUUUUCGCUACAACUUUGUCGUUUGCAUGCUGAGAAGUUAGGUCGAACACCUGAGUUUUUGGUAUAUGGACAUGGACAACAGAGAAGAGCUGUCAUCGAGGCUAUCCGCUUAUCGGAGAAUGGGAAGAAAAAGUCAAAUUAUAAACUUCAACAGGCAGACGAAGUGUCUGGUGUGAGUUCCCCACAGUAUUUCAAAGAUGAAUCAAAGAAGUGGCUGAAAUACGUUACCAAGGCAAAAGCAGCAGGCAGGACUCCUGAAGAUUGCUGCAGAAUAGGUGAUGAGAGAGGAGCUGAUAUUCUACGGAACUACGAAGAAAUACUGAAAUCUUGUAAUGCUUUGGACUACCAUGACCUAAUCAGCUGUUCUGUGAAGUUGCUGAAUGAGUUUCCUGCAGUAUUCAAGGAGUGCCAGGAGUCAUGGAAAGCAAUUGUUAUUGAUGAGUUUCAAGACACAAGUUCCAUGCAGUACAGUCUGUUGUGCAUUCUUGCAUCCCAUAAACGCAUAACUAUUGUUGGUGAUGAAGAUCAGUCUAUCUUUGGUUUUAAUGGUGCUGAUGUUUCUGGAUUCAAAUCAUUUCGAAAAGAUUUUCCUAUGCACAAAGAGGUUAGACUGAACAAAAACUACAGAUCCACUCGUUGUAUUGUUGAAGCUGCAUCAUCUCUUAUUCGAAAUAAUUUGGAACGAUGUGAAUCAAAAGAUGUUCUCACAGAUAAUUCCUCUGGUUCUAAGAUAACAGUAAAAGAAUGUAGCAAUGAAAAUUCACAGUGCGCAUUUGUGGUUGAUAAAAUCUUAGAAAUUACUUCUGAUGGUUCAGCUGCAAAGUGCAACUUUGGCAACAUUGUUGUGCUUUACCGGAGACAGGUGUCAGGGAAGAUUUUCCAAACAACCUUCCGCAAUCGAAGAAUUCCAUUCAACAUUCAUGGGGUAGCUUUCUACAGGAAAAAGGUAGUGAGAGCUAUUAUUGCUAUGCUUAGAACAGCAUUGCCUGCUUGUGAUGAUGCACCAUAUCGCAAAGUAUUCAAAGCUUUGCUACCAUUUGAGAAAGAGGAAAAGAACAAGGUAAUUGAACAUAUAGAUAAAGUGUCAACCGUAAGGAAAUGUAGCUUUAUAUCUGCAGCUACCGACAUAUUUAGUGCAAAGAUAUCUGGCACCUUCAAGAGGACUCAACUUACUCAGGGACGAAAGGUGUUGCUCACUCUAGACAUGAUAUCAAAACUUAUUCAUACGGAACAGUCAAUUUCAGCUGUUAUAACAUCUGUGUCAAACAUGAUACCUCAGAGAUACCUUCUCGAACAACGGGCAGUUGUUGAUGUAGAUGGAGGAAAAUUGCUAAAUGAAGACAAUGACCUUAGAUCUGUGCUCCAAUAUUUAUUGGAUGAUGUCUCUGAUUUUUUGACGAUGCAAGGUGCUACAGUUGAAGUGAAGACUGAUGAUGGUGCAGAAGGGAAAGGUUGUCCAGCACUGCUCAAAGCUUUUAUUGACUAUGUAUCUGAACGGGAGAGAGAAAACUUCCAUUCUAGAAGACAGGAUAACAAAGAUUCUGUUACCCUUACUACCAUUCACCAGUCGAAAGGCUUGGAAUGGGAUGUUGUUUUCAUUAUAAAGGUUAAUGAGACUGAGAUUCCCCUGCUGCAUGAAUCGAAUGAUGUGACAAAUGAAAAGGGUUCCUCAGUUGAGGAGGAAAGACGCUUGUUGUAUGUCGCGAUGACAAGAGCUCGGAAAAAACUUUUCAUCCUAUAUCUGAUUAUGGAUUCAAAUUGGCAGAUUCUUCAACCUUCUCGAUUUUUGAGAGAAAUUCCACGUCAUCUUCAAGAGGUCCAAGAUGAGCCGAGUGUACAAAGUUUGCAGGAAAAUAACCAGCAACUUUCUCGACAAACUCUAGAAAUUGCUACUAGUGUACAAACCAAAACAGAAUUAGUUGAAGUCAAUAGUAAACCAAGUGGCUCUAUCUGUGAAGCCUGUGAUGAAGUGUCCAAUGAAUCAAAUGAAUUUUUAGAGCGCUGUAAUGCUAAUAGUUUUUUGCGAAGAUUCCAUGUGGAUGAUCGAGGUGCUGUUUCCCAGCUAUUCCAUCAAUGGGCUAAAAAGCCAGCAUUUCAAGACCCAAAGAGGUUACUCAACAAGGUUGGCUUCGUCAUCGAUGAACGUCUUAGAGCUAAGAAGAGCAACCGCAAGGAUGUCUUGCGCACAUUGAAGUCUUGCUUACAUUCUGAUGAAGCUUUUCAUUUCGCAAUAUCUGUUCUGAAAUGGGAGCAAAUUCCUGCUGACAAGCGAGCUCAGUUAAUGAGAGAGAAGCAGGAACAUUUUCAAAAACAACGAAUUGAGAGUGCAAUGAAUUCAUCAAAAGCCACUUCUAAGCAGAUUGCGUAUCUGCAGAAUUUAGGAUGCACUGUGGCCCCUACGUCCCGUCUUCAUGCUUCUCGUUUGAUAGAGCAAUACAAAUCUUUAUAGGAUACAUGGAGUUGUACCUUUCUUUUCGUAUCCUUACACCAACCACAUCUUCUGAUUCCAGAAAUCACAUGGAACUUCUUGUGAGAUAAACUAAUUAAUUUUUGCAACGGAUAUGCACAUGUACAAUGAUUGCAACGCACUAUUUAUAGGUUAGUGGAAUUUGGAAGUGUUGUAUGAAAAACCAAAACUGAGGUGCAUAUCAUGUACUAACAGGACUUUGUUAUUGGCUUGGUUGGACAACAUUGUAUUUAGAUUUUGUGUAUUGAGAAUGCUUUUAGUGCAAGCAUUUUCCAGAAUUCCAGAAUGUGGAUGA